AUGGAGGCGGGGGCUAGCACCACCACUGCCACCGGCCAAACCACGCCGUCGUCCACCAGGGAGUGUUCAGCUGCGCCUUCGGGGCGGUCGUCCCCCAGUGCUGCAGGCGGCAUCGUUGUAGCAAAUGCUUCCCGCAGCACUGCAGAUGAUGCUGCCACCUCUAUGCAUGAUGGUUCUGCCGACGAGGAUGAUUUUGGGGCGCACGAUGACUCGGGGAGCGACGAUGCCGUAAAGGCGGAAGGACCAAACGAGACGCCGGAUCCAUCUGCACCUGGCGCGACGUCGGCGCCAGUGCAGAAGAGGAGGAGGGUCACCCGUGCGUGUGACGAGUGCCGGAGGAAGAAGAUCAAGCGACGAAAUCCCGCCCCUCAAUACAUCGAAGCCCUGGAGAGUCGACUGCAACGCGCCGAAACGUUGCUCCGCAAGUUUAUGCCAGAUGUGGACUUGGCCGAUCCGAAACUCGACCCGACUGUGCAACAAGAGUUCGCCAACCGAGAGCGCGCUCGGGCAAAAGCAGCGGCAGCAUCCGGGGCCGAGAAGCCCAAGAAAGAGGAGCCAGUUGUGGAUGGCGAAGCAACAAAGAAGCCGGAGGAUCAGCUCCUGUCGAUGAUCGAAUCGAUUGGCCAUCUGGAUCUUAUUGAUGGAAACGAAUGGGACUUCCAUGGAAAUUCGUCUGGAGCGGUGUUUCUAAAACGUCUAAAGGAGCAAAUGGGCUUGCUCAACCCUGAUACGAAAACACCUUUCCUACCUCGGAUGUCACGGUACCCAGGAAUGUUUAACCUGGACUCCCCGCCGUCAUUCACGAGUUCUCCUUGGGAUACGAGUGCCGGCAGCGACGCAGGCGCAGCAGUUCCGGCAAUGUACGAGCUGCCCCCCAAGGACGUGGCGCAGAACCUCUGCUAUUUUUCGUUGAAUUGCGCGACAUGCCUGCUGCGUAUUGUACACAUUCCGUCAUUUAACGAGAUGGUGGAGAAGCUGUAUGAGAAACGGCCGGAAAAUCUAGGUCCAGAAGAUCAUCGGGCUCUUGGACUGCUGAACGCCGUCAUGGCCCUCGGUUCAAUGUAUACCGGUGCCGAUGACGGCGGGUCACAGCAGGUGCACUACAAGACUGCCAUCGAGAAAGGACUCAAAUACUACACCAACGCCCGGAUCCUCCUGCAGGAUAUAACCGAGUGUCGAGACCUUGUUUCCCUGCAAGCACUACUCUUUAUGAUACUCUUUCUUCAAGCUACCUCGAACCUUAGCGGCUGUUAUGCCUUUUUGGGGAUUGCCCUGCGGGCCGCUCUGAGAAUGGGUCUGCACCGACAUCUUCCCCAUGUACAUCUUACGCCUAUCGAGGACGAGUCUCGAAGGCGUGUAUUCUAUGCCAUUAGAUGCAUGGAUACAUACGUUUCUGCCCUUCUUGGAUUUCCCAUUUUGCUUCAGGACACAGACAUUGAUCAGCCGUUACCGACGGAAGUCGACGACGAAUACAUCACCAAAGACGCGAUCCUGAAGCCACCUCCUGGGAAGACGUCGUUUUUCCAGGCAAUGAACGCCCAUGUGCGGUUGAUGAAGAUAUUGGCCAAGGUAAUCAAGGAUAUCUAUCCCAUGAGGGGGAUGGACGAAUCGGUAUUGAAAAAGAAGACCAAUGGGGCGAGCGCAACCUACAUGAUUAGCUAUUCGGCCAUCAAGGCCAUCGAACUCGAGUUGCAGCAGUGGUAUGAGCAGUUACCGAUUAACUGGCGGCCUAGUCCAGAAGGGCCCAGUGAAGUUAUUCGCGUGCGAUCACUCCUCCGCUUCUCAUACGCUCAUGUGCAAAUGAUGCUUUAUCGACCUUUCUUGCAUUAUUCGUCUCCCCGGCUGUCUGCGGGAAAGCAUGUCGAUGAGAGAUAUUAUGCUUGUGCCGCAGCUUGCAUCAGCGUCUCGCGGAACAUCAUCCACAUCGGCAUGGAGAUAAGGAAACAGGCGGUCCUCACGGGGCCUUACUGGUUCAUUCUGUACACGGAGUUCUUUGCCAUUCUGUCUCUGGCUUUUUACGCUCUGGAAAACCCGGACAAAGCUGGCAUCCCCGAGAUUCUCGCCGAUGCCCAUGCUGGGAGAGAGCUCAUCUCGGGCCUUUCACGCAUGAGUUUGGCGGCGGACAGAGUCACGGAUGCGUUGAAUGCUUUGUUUGAUCAACUACCCGAGCGUCUUACCAUGACCAAAGAUCCCAAGGCCCGCCCCAUCCCCACAAAGAAACGCUCGGCUCCAGGUGCCGACUCUGCAAGCCUUCUUACCCAGGAACAGAUAGCCAUUGCGGCACAACUAAAAGCCGACCGUUCCCUAAACGGCCGGGGACGUGGCAAGAUCCGCGGUACUGGCCGUGCCGCCUCGGAGGCACACCUCCCACAUCGAAUUUCAAUGGAUUCCCCUCACCAAGCCCACCAAGCCAUCGGCACCCGAGCGGGUAGUCAGGGCCCACUCAUGGCAAACUAUUCUGAGCCUAUACCGCUGGACCUUCUUGGUCAGUCACCGGACAAUUUCAAGCAUCGGCACCAGCAGCAGGCAGACGCGAUGAUGUUUCCAUCAGGCGACCCCUUCGCAUAUCCUAACAGUCAAGCAGGAGUUGGUUACAGAAACGAAGCGCACACCCAGGACUCGAUGCCUUUCUACAUGCAUCAAGUGUACGACGACAUUGAGGGUCAGCUCCUGGGACAGACGAUCCCUCCAUAUCUCAUGCAGCCGGGUCACCAGGGCGUUUCAGGGAUGGCUGCUGGGGACCUUGCACAAAUGUACAAUGCUUCGAGCUUGGUGGCGAUGCAGCAACAUCAGCAUCAAAGACAACAGCAGUUGGGGUCCGGGUUGCAAGCUGGUCAUCAUCGACAUCAGCAGGGUAUCGACGACAUCAUGCUGUCAAACACCAACAGCUUUGAUAUGUUUUCGGCCCCGCAGUACAGGGCAAUUUAA